AUGAAGCGCUUUCUAGGAUUGGAGAAACGUUUGCAGGCCAAUCCAGAAAUGAAGGCUCUAUACCAUGAGUUCACUCAGGAAUUCAUAAAUAUGGGGCAUAUGGUAGAUGUGACAGAAGAAAUAGAGCCGAUAUUGACAUACUACAUGCCGCACCACGCAGUGCUGAAGCCUGAGAGCACUACUACAAGAUUGCGAGUAGUAUUUGAUGCAUCAUGCCCCACUUCUACCGGUGUAUCACUAAAUGAUGCAUUGAUGCUAAAAGAUAACGGCACUGCAAAGGAGCUGGACUCUUCCAGUGCAACCAUCAGAACCCUCGGACUUUUAUGGGAACCAUGCACCGAUAAUUUUCUAUUCAAUAUACCCAACUGGAAUACUGGGCCCAACGUAACAAAGCGAACUGUUUUGUCAGAUACAGCUCGCAUAUUCGACCCACUCGGACUAAUCACACCGGUGGUAAUUACAGCUAAAAUUUUUCUACAGGAUUUGUGGAAAACGAAGCUUGCGUGGGAUGAUGAAUUACCUACUGAUAUGUAUCGCUACUGGAUAGAAUACAGAAGGGCCAUGGCGGACAUUGAGACCAUUACCAUUCCUCGCUGGAUAGGAUAUCGGUACCAGCCAAACGAAAUAGAGUUGCAUGGCUUUUGCGAUGCCUCCGAGAAGGCAUACGGGGCAUGCUUCUACAUUCGAAAUAUCUGGGAAGAUGGUACUAAAAUGGUUCGGCUGUUGACGUCGAAAUCGAGGGUAGCCCCGAUCGAAGAUACCAAAAGAAAGGCGAGAAAACAAACGAUUCCUCGGUUAGAACUCGCUUCUGCACUAUUGUUGAGUCAUGUGUACAAUAAGAUAAAAAAUGGAUUUCCAACAGAUGUACCCGCACAUUUUUGGACAGACUCCAUGAUUGUCAAGUGUUGGUUAGAAUCGAGUCCAUCUCGCUGGCAAGCUUUCGUAGGAAAUCGUGUUUCCGAAAUCCAGCAUUUGACUAGAGGAAGCGCGUGGAGUCACAUUUCGGGCGCGCAUAAUCCUGCGGAUAUUAUAACAAGAGGAAUGAACCCAGCAUUUUUGCGCGAUUCGUCACUAUGGUGGUGUGGCCCCACAUGGUUGAUUGAAGAUAAAUCCAUGUGGCCACCAACAGUAAACAUAACCGCAGGAGACAUGGAGAUCGCACGCCAAGAGGAAAGGUCUUCGCUUACCUGUAGUCAACAAGUGGUGUUAACAAAUGAAUUUUUCUCACUACGUUCAUCUCUACCCGCUCUUAUUCGCAUCACAGCACUAAUAUUACAUUUUGCCCACAAUGCUAGGCGCAUUAAUCGAGAGAACAAACGCUUUGGAUUCAUCACACAAAGUGAACAUGAUGUUGCACUCAUGAAACUCAUUCAGCUGUCUCAGACGGAGUCGUUUCCAGAAGAAAGGGCGAGUCUUUUCGAAGGACACCAGGUGAAGGAAUCUUCCAGGAUGAACGCAUUAAAUCCAGUGUUAUUAAACGGCAUCAUACAUGUGGGCGGCCGGUUGAGAAAUGCGGCCAUUUCUACCGGCAGAAAACAUCCAAUAAUUUUGGAUCACCAUCAUCCCCUGACAAAAUUAAUCCUCCGAUAUUAUCACCUCAAAUACUUUCACGCAGGUCAACAGUUAUUAAUCUCCACUGUGCGAGAACGAUACUGGCCGCUGAACAUUCGACGAGCAGUGAGACAAAUUAUCCACGAAUGUGUAGCGUGCUUCCGAAAUAAACCGAAACUCCAGGACCAACUAAUGGCAGACCUGCCGCAAGAGCGUGUGAAUGCUGCACCUGCUUUUCUAAAGGUCGGUGUGGAUUAUUGCGGACCAUUUUUGAUGUCGUACCCAGGAAGAAAGGCCCGACCAAUCAAGUGCUUUGUUGCAGUUUUCGUGUGCCUAACAACCAAGGCCAUUCAUCUAGAAAUAGUCACAGAUCUAACUACUCAGGCAUACAUUGCAGCGCUAAGGCGUUUCAUAGCUCGCAGAGGAAAACCAACAUUGAUAAUGUCCGACAACGCCAAAAAUUUUGUCGGAGCGAGGAGAGAAGUUGGGGAGUUGUCGAAGUUAUUUUGCAGUCAGCAAUUUAAGGAGAGCUUAAUUAAAGCAGCGAUGGAGGAUGGCGUGGAAUUCAAAUUUAUUCCUGCCAGGUCACCAAAUUUCGGAGGCCUUUGGGAGGCUGCGGUGAAGUCCUUUAAGACUCACUUCAAAAAAACAAUCGGGCUUAGAGUACUUCGACACGAUGAGCUCGAAACAGUUGUGUUUCAAAUAGAAGCCUGCUUAAACUCAAGGCCGCUGACACCUUUAAGCAGUGACCCUAAUGACUUGGAGGUACUAACUCCAGGUCAUUUUCUCAUCCAACGGCCACUCACAGCAUUAGCAGAACCAAGUUUAGACGGAAUCCCGGAAAAUAGAUUGUUGAUCUGGCAGAAAUCACAAAACUUCGUACAACAGAUUUCGAAAAAAUGGUCAACGCAGUAUUUGUCUGAUCUCCACAAUCGUACCAAAUGGACCAGGCAACGGAACAACAUAUUUGUGGGUACAAUGGUACUAUUAAGGGAGGAAAACUUGCCACCCCUGAAAUGGCAAUUAGGUCGUGUGAUAGAGGUACGAACUGGAGACGACGCCAACGUUCGCGUAGUGACUGUCAGGACGAAGGACGGCUGUUAUAUUCGACAAUAUCAAUCGGAAGCAGCGAAGGGAGCGACGCUAGAGCACAUCAUUCGCUCGCAGCAGAUCUUCAUUCCGUUGCUUUGA